CAUUGAGGAGUGUUGUGUACAUGUGCAUCAUAUCUGGAGUGAAACUGCUUGUGUCAGAUUUCUGGCAUCGUUCAUAAUUGGCUGUAUGUUCUCAAAACUUUCUAAAAUGCAGACCUCCACCUCUAGGUCUGUGCACCUGAAUGAGUGGCAGAGGAAUUACUUUACAAUUACAUCUGGCAUAUGUGCAGGACAGAAAGCAGAUGCAUACCGUGCACAGAUAUUACGCAUUCAGUAUGCAUGGGCAAACUCUGAGAUUUCCCAGGUCUGUGCUACCAAACUGUUUAAAAAAUAUGCAGAGAAAUAUUCUGCAAUUAUUGAUUCUGACAAUGUUGAAUAUGGCUUGAAUAACUAUGCAGAAAACAUUUUAACUUUGGCAAGAUCUCAACAAACUGACAGUGACAAGUGGCAAUCUGGAUUGUCAAUAAGUAAUGUUCUCAAAAUGAGUAAUGUACAGAAGAUGAUGCAAGCUGGAAAAAAUUUUAAAGAUUCUCUGUUGGAACCUUCUGACGCAUCAGUGUUAAUCCUUAAGGAGGCCUUUGUCUUUGAUCUUCCUAAAUUUAGUGUUUGUGGUGGUUCUGGAGAGAGUGACCUAUUAGCUAACUCAACUCUUGAUAUAGGUAGGACCGAAGACUUCCCAGAGAGUAAUCCUUUGAAAUGCCAUCAGAAUGCCCAGUCACCUGUGGUAACUAAUACUGCUAAGACUUGUCCUACAUUUUCUGUGCCUUUAGGUGAGUCAGCUACUGCAAAAUUCCAUGCCACACCAUUAUUUGGAAAUAUCAAAAAGGAAAAUUAUAGCUCUCCAAAAAACAACCUAGGACUAAAUAUGUUCUCAACUAAUCAGUCAUAUUUUUCUGCUGAUUGUGAAAAUCCACGGGAAAGGAAAUCUUUUUAUUGUUCUGGCACCAUUGAUGCAUUUUCCAAUCCAAUACUGAAUAAGGCUUUUAGUAGGACAGAAGAUAAUGGGCAAAAGGAAGAUAGCAGCCUGCCUACUUUUAAAACUGCAAAAGAACAAUUAUGGGUAGAUCAGCAAAAAAAGCACCACCAACCCCAGCGUGCAUCAGGGUCUUCAUAUGGUGUUAUAAAAAAGUCUCUGGGAGCUAGUAGAUCCCGAGGAAUAUUUGGAAAGUUUGUUCCUCCUGUACCUAAGCAAGAUGGGGGAGAACAGAAUGGAGGAAUGCAGUAUAAGCCUUACGGGGCAGGACCUACAGAACCAGGGCUUCCAGUUGAUGAGCAUCUGAAAAACUUGGAACCAAAAAUGAUUGAACUUAUUAUGAAUGAAAUUAUGGAUCAUGGGCCUCCAGUAAAUUGGGAAGAUAUUGCAGGAGUAGAAUUUGCUAAAGCCACAAUAAAGGAAAUAGUUGUGUGGCCCAUGAUGAGGCCGGACAUCUUUACUGGUUUACGGGGACCCCCUAAAGGAAUUUUGCUCUUUGGUCCUCCUGGGACUGGUAAAACUCUAAUUGGCAAGUGCAUUGCUAGUCAGUCUGGGGCAACAUUCUUUAGCAUCUCUGCUUCAUCCUUAACUUCUAAAUGGGUAGGUGAGGGGGAGAAAAUGGUCCGUGCAUUGUUUGCUGUUGCAAGGUGUCAGCAACCAGCUGUGAUAUUUAUUGAUGAAAUUGAUUCCCUGUUAUCUCAACGGGGAGAUGGUGAGCAUGAAUCUUCUAGAAGGAUAAAAACCGAAUUUUUAGUUCAGUUAGAUGGAGCAACCACAUCUUCUGAAGAUCGUAUUCUAGUGGUGGGAGCAACAAAUCGGCCACAAGAAAUUGAUGAGGCUGCCAGGAGAAGAUUGGUGAAAAGGCUUUAUAUUCCCCUCCCAGAAGCUUCAGCCAGGAAACAGAUAGUAAUUAAUCUUAUGUCCAAGGAGCAGUGUCACCUCAAUGAAGAAGAAAUCAGACAGAUUGUACAGCAAUCUGAUGGGUUCUCAGGAGCAGACAUGACGCAGCUUUGCAGAGAGGCUUCUCUUGGCCCUAUUCGCAGUUUACAGACUGCUGACAUUGCUACCAUAACACCAGAUCAAGUUCGACCAAUAGCUUAUAUUGAUUUUGAAAAUGCUUUUAGAACUGUACGACCUAGUGUGUCUCCAAAAGAUUUAGAGCUUUAUGAAAACUGGAAUAGAACUUUUGGUUGUGGAAAGUAAGUGGGGCACUUGAAAUUAAAAGAUGGCAUCUUUGUAAUACAGUCUUUCUCAUUUUUUAGCACAGGAAGCUGGAGAUUUCUUAAAAUGUGUUUUUUAGAAUAUAUUCUGAAUUCUGUACCUCAAAUAAGAACAAUGUAUCAGAUUUUACAAAUGAUUGACAUAGCCUAGUUAAUACAAGUUUUUGUUUUCCACUUACUACCUGUGUAAGCCUAUUUAAACAAAAUGAGAAUAAACUUUUGUUUCUAAAAAGUCUGUCUUUUGAAAGAGUGUAACAUGAUUAGUGAGCCCUAAUUGAAACUUUUUUUUAGUUUAAAGAUGACAUUAUAUAUGAGAUUGUAUUGGAUUAAUAUCUUUUAUUGAAGAAGGUUCCUUCUGAAGGUUAUCUAAUUCUUAAUGUUGCCUAGUCUAGUGGUUUAUAUUUGAAAUAGCAUUGUUAUUUAAAUAGAUUAAGAUCUCACCAAGAGCUAGAGUGUAAGUGCCAAAUUAUUGCUUUCUUCUGCUAGUUUAUAACCUCUUGUAUGAUUUUCUUUCCUUACUAGGACUAGUUAAUGAAAGCAUGUUCAGAAGUAGCAAGAUUAGUCUGGGUAUCAGAUGUAUCUACAGAACUAAAAAGUGAAGAAUGUUGUAUUUUUUCAGUGGGUAUAUGUUGUUUGACAUUAAUAUUUUACUUGACACUACUUCAUAGCCUGUAGUAUUACUCUUUCAAGAAAAAAUGUUUUCAGAUUCUUAUAAAGGAUUUUUUUUUUUUU